AUGUCAAGUUAUUCAAUUCAUGGUAUAAGUAAUCUGUUAAUGAAAAAUGAAAACUUAAAAAUCAACCAUAAAUCACAUACAGAAUCCAAAAUUAAGAAAGAAAUACUAGAUGAAAAACCUUUUUCAUGUGAUGUUUGUUAUAAGACAUUUAACCAAUUACACCAUUUAGUUUCCCAUAAACGGACUCAUACUGGUGAAAAAAGUUUUUUGUGUGAUUUUUGUGGCAAAGCAUUUAGAUACAAAAAUAAUUUAGUUGAUCAUAAACGAAUUCAUACAGGAGAAAAACCGUAUGCUUGUGAUGCAUGUGAUAAAACAUUUACCACUCAUAACGAUUUAGUAAAACAUAAACGAAAACAUACUGGCGAGAAACCUUACACAUGUGAUGUUUGUGGAAAAUCAUUUACUCAAAAAGGUAAUCUUGCCAAACAUCAACGGAUCCUUCAUAAGGGAGAAAAACUUGGGAAAGAUUUUCAUUGUGAUGCGUGUGAUAAAUCAUAUACUCAGAAAUGUAAUUUAAUUAAACAUCAACGAAUUGUUCAUACUGGAGAAAGACCUUUUGCAUGUAAUACAUGCGAUAAAUCAUUUGUGACUCGACCUCUUUUAGUAAAACAUAAACGGAACGCUCAUGGAGAAGAACCUGUUCCAAAUGAAGAUCGUGAUAGAAUAUUUACUAAUCACAUGAAUUUACUUGGAAAUAAACGUAUUCAAACUGGAUUGGAUUUACGUUUUCCUUAUGAUAUUUGUGAUAAAACAUUUACCAACAACUAUAAUUUAUUAACAAAUCAAGGACAGCAAACUGGAGUGGAUUUACGAUUUCCAUAUGAUGUGUAUGAUAAGACAUUUAACCAGAAGUUAAUUGAAAGCAGGCAAAUUAAUACUGAAGUGAAUCCAUUUUCAUAUGCUAGUGGUGUUAGCAAUACUGCAGAAAAGACUGAACCUAUACAAGCAGUCCCAGCUGCAACAAACCCAUCUAGCUCAUUUAUUCCACAUCCAGACAAUUUACGCCCUUCAAUUGACACCACUGUCCAUUCUGUUGAAAGUAUAAAAAGUGAGCAACAAAUAGAUGCAGAAUCUACAAUCAAAGAUGAAAAUAUUGAAAAUGAGCAACAAUUUAAUUCUGAUAUCAAAAUUAAAGAGGAAGUUUUCAAAGAAACUGUUGUACCUGAAACAAAGCGAACUCGUACCAAGAAAAAAACAUUUUCAUAUGUUUGCGAUAGUAGUGAGAGUAGCGGAGAGGAUUUCGAUGCAGAUCCAUCGUUCAUUCCAUCCCCUGCAAAUUCUCAUGCCUCUGAUCAUUCUUUCGAAGAUAUAAAACCUGAACAAAAAUUAGAAAUAGAUUUAAUAAUUAAAGAUGAAAAUAUUAAAAUUGAAGAACAAGAAGAGAUAAAAGAAGAAAUAAAAGAAAGCGAACAAAAAGACGUUGAGGAAAAACCUUUUACAUGUGAUGUGUGUGAGAAAACAUUUGCUAAAAAAAGAAAUUUACGUAGGCAUAAAAGACAUAUUCAUAUUAAAGAAAAAAGUUUUGCUUGUGAAAUGUGCGAUAAAGUAUUUAGAUUCCGUAGAAAUUUAAUUGAACAUGAAAGAAUUCAUACUGGACACAAACCUUUCGCUUGUGAUAUUUGCGAUAAAGCAUUUACAAUCAAUCGGAGUUUAGUCGAGCACAAAAGAAUGCAUGCUGGAGACAGGCCAUUCGCUUGUGAUCUUUGUGAUAAAUCAUUUACCAGUAAUAGAAGUUUAACUGCACAUAAAGGUAUUCAUACUGGCAAAAAACCUCACUUAUGUGAAGAAUGUGGACGAGGAUUUUCAAAAAUGCUCGAUCUUCAACGCCAUAAGCGAAUACAUACCGGGGAAAAACCGUAUACAUGUGAUUUUUGUGGUAAAACGUUUAGAAAUCGUUGCAAUUUAGUUGAUCAUAGACGGAUUCAUUCUGGUGAGAAACCAUUUACAUGUGAAAUUUGUGCAAAAUCAUUUAACAAGAAACUGAACUUGAAUAGACAUAAAAUCACGCAUACUAAAGAGAGACCUUAUUCAUGUACUGUUUGUGGUAAAACAUUUGGUUAUAAAUCGAGUUUAGUGGAACAUGAACGAAUUAUACAUAAUGGUGAAAAAGAAUUUUCAUGUGAUAUUUGUAAUAAAAGAUUCGUCCAAUGA